GCGUCACAAGAUUUUAAGCAACCAACGCUGUUUCUUUGCUCAACACAGAAAUAGAUACGAAACUCAUGCUGUGAAUAACCUAUUUGCGGGAUCGUAACAUCAGUCUGACGUUAGUAACAUGUCCAAACAGUUUAUUGCUUGCAUCAAACUUAUAAGGAACCAUAAAGGUAAACUCCAGCUAGUUGCCAUCACAGCCACAGGGUGUGUAUUUGGAUACGGAUGUUACUAUGCAAAUGUGAAAUUCCGUGAGAAACUCAACAUUCCAUCAAAUGUCAUCGAAAAUGAAAGAGCAAAAGCUUCUGUCUACAUUCACAACAAAUACUUCAACAAGCGCCAUCAUGACAACCCAAAUGUUGGAUACUUCAGUGGAAACACAAGACAAACAAUCAAAGAAAUCUUUCCAGCACCUCUCGCCAGGUUAAUUCUUCUGGUGGAUCGAAAAAGUGUUGAUCUUGCAGAAGAUUACAUAUCACCAUGGAGUGUAUUACGUGAGGCAUAUUCAAGAAACAAACAGAUUCGGUUGAAUGCUGUAGAAAAAAUGGCGGCUUAUACAGAAUGGAGUGAGGACAGAAAGAAUAGCACAGCUGAGGGCUAUGUGACUAACAGAAAGAACAAGCGUUAUAACUUUGAAGAACACGAGUUGGAAUCUUUUGACAUAGAUGCCGAAUACAGGACUAUUGCUCAAGCACUUGAUUCAACCACACUGGUUGGUCUAGCAAGGACCAACAAUGUGGACGAUCGAUUUUUUCUUCCACCUCCUGAGUUACCCCAAAAAGUCAAGAACUCUGAUGUUGAGGAUUUACUGAGGGAACUUCUGAUAAAACUUCCUCAGAAAGAUGUUGAGAAAUGUGUUCAAUAUUUCACGUCUGGCGCUCUUACUAUGUCUGAUGAACAAAAAAUGAAACGGGGUGGAUUAUGGUGUUUUGGCGGCAAUGGUUUAAACUACACCAGAGACAUCACGCCACAAGAAGAAGUGGAAUCUUUCUGUCUGCAGGCUUUAGUGAAGCACUCUAAGUUUGAGGAGCACUGUGAAGCUAUGGUUAAGUUAGGUGUGUUACCUCUGCUACAGAGAAUUCGUAAACUACGACCUAAUUCUCCAAAAAUACAACGUAAUAUCGUAAGGACAAUCAGCAACAUCUGCUUGUAUGAGAAGCUCCACCCACAAAUCCAUCAAUCAGGAUGGAUCACUUUGUUGGCUGAGAUAUCAAAGUCUGGUCACGCUUCUUUAAGGACACAGGCAUCUCGUGGACUUGCAAACCUUGACAGAGAUGCACUAAAAGACAAAUUCAAUGAUGGGGUUUAUGUUUUAUAUCCAAAACUUCGUUCAAAGUUAAAACCUGAAGCGGACAUCGUGUUCAUCCAUGGUUUAAUGGGAGGAGCAUUCUAUUCAUGGAGGCAACAGGAUGGUGUCAGUGGAGCUGAAAACACAACAGAUUGCUGGCCUGAGGAUUGGCUGCCGCGAGAUUUGCCUGGUUGCAGAGUUAUGUGUGUGGAGUAUGAUACAAACCUUAGUGACUGGAUGAACAGAUGCCCCCAUGAACCAGAGAGACAUACAAUAUCAUACAGAAGUAGACAUAUCAUGGAUAAAGUGUUAGCUGCUGGGAUUGGGGACAGACCAAUUGUUUGGGUUGCUCAUUCUAUGGGAGGUCUUAUCAUUAAACAUAUGCUGAGUGAUGCAAGAGAAAACCCAAAGAAAUACGGAAAAAUACUCAAAAAAACAAAGGGUGUAGUGUUCUACAGCACACCACACUUUGGAUCUCAAUUAGCAAAUUACUCGCGAAAAGUACGAAGGUUACUUUUUCCUUCAGUUGAAGUUAUGGAACUUAGUCAUGAUUCUCCCAAAUUAAAACAACUGAACAUCAAUUUACAAGAAUUAGUUGAACUUGAUAAAAUAAAAGUGAUGAACUUUGGUGAGAUGCAAGCAACUGAUAUUGGGUUAGGGCCUCGUAUUAGACUUCAUAUCGUGCCACCUGAAUCUGCAGAUUCCGGCAUUGGUGAAUUUAUUCUUGCUGAUAAAGACCACCUUAAUAUAUGCAAGCCACAAAGUAGACACAGCUCCAUAUACCAACAAACUGUUGCCUUCAUUCGAUCCUGUGUUACUCCCAAACGACCUGGAGAGGAAGAAGAAGAAUCAAAAAAGAUUGAAAAAGAAGCAAAUACAGAUGAUUUGCCGUGGUGACGUGGAAUUAACUGUUUUGAUCUUACAAGAAAGAAGAUACAAGAGGCAGCCUUGCAAAUGUGUCCUAUUUAACUUAGGAAAUUUUAUUGUUUUAAUUUUACUUUCCAUUAGUUCCGUGUUACUGUGAUGUACCCGCUUUCUUGCAUGUGUUUGCUGCUUUACAGGGAUUCAAGUCUUACUGCCCUAUCACUGUGUUUUGUGUGCGUAUUUUUCUGUUCCGGUUUCUGAUGAUUGCAAUUUUACCGUGUUCUCUUAUA